AUGAAUUUUGAAUGUCAUCCUGGUCCGAUUAAUGCAUCGGUGUUGUUCUUGGACAAGAAUCACCGUGCGUUUGAGGUAUUCAAAAAUCCAACAGCGUAUGAUGUGCCAUUAAAUAUUAGACGAUCAAAUCGAACAUUCUGGCAACAUAUGAAAGAAAAUCCGGUUAGUGGAAGGGUAGAAGGUUUAAUACAUGCAGCAGGAUUCAGCGGGAUACUGCAAAUUGGGUACAAGUAUGUUGACCACGCAUUAAUAACUGCGUUGGUUGAGAGAUGGAGGCCAGAAACUCACACGUUUCACCUUCCUUUUGGAGAAACGACCGUGACAUUACAGGAUGUCAACGUGUUGUGGGGGCUACCGAUAGAUGGGUUGCCUAUUUCUGGGGCUGACACUGGUAUGUCGAUGUAUACUGUACGAGACAAGUGUCAAACGGUGUUGGGGUUUACCCCUGAGGAAGCUCAUGUGAAGGGCAAAAGGGGUGCAUAA